AUGUUCCUGACGACCCUGUACAUCAUGCUCCCCCUCCUGGAUUUGCUCCUGUUGGCGGAGGUGAGCAGUGUGGACCGCCUGGACUGCAUGAAAGCCAGCGACCAGUGCCUGAAGGAGGAGAGCUGCAGCACCAAGUACCGCACGUUGAGGCAGUGCAUGGCAGGCAAGGAGACCAACUUCAGCCUGGCAUCCAGCCUUGAAGCCAAGGAUGAGUGCCGCAGAGCCAUGGAAGCCCUGAAGCAGGAGUCUCUCUUCAACUGUCGGUGCCAUCGAUUCAUGAAGAAGGAGGAGAACUGUCUGCGCAUCUACUGGAGCAUGUACCAGAGCUUGCAGGGGAAUGAUUUGCUUGAAGAUUCCCCAUAUGAGGCAGUUAACAGCAGAUUGUCUGAUAUAUUCCGGGUGGGCCCAUUCAGAUCAGUGAAGCGUAUUCCCAAAGGGAACAACUGCCUGUAUGCAGCCAGUGCCUGCAAUCUGCAUGACACCUGCAGGAAGUACCGGUCUGCAUUUGUUACUCCCUGCAUCUCCAGCAUGUCCAAUGAAAUCUGCAACCGCCGCAAUUGCCACAAGGCCCUUCGGCAGUUCUUUGACAAAGUCCCAGCUAAGCUCAGCUAUGGCAUGCUCUUCUGCUCGUGCCAGGACAUAGCCUGCACUAAGAGGCGUCACCAUACCUUUGUGCCCACGUGCUCCUAUGAACAGCAAGAGAAGCUCAACUGCUUGAAUUUGCAGGAAUCCUGCAAGACAAAGUACAUCUGCAGAUCUCGCCUAGCAGAUUUUUUUAUCAACUGUCAGCCACAGUCAAGGUCUGUCACCAGCUGUCUAAAGGAGAACUAUGCAGAUUGCCUCCUUGCCUACUCAGGGCUGAUUGGCACAGUGAUGACUCCCAACUACAUAGACUCCAGCAGCCUCAGCGUGGCCCCGUGGUGUGACUGCAGGAACAGUGGGAACGAGCUGGAAGAGUGCUUGAAAUUUCUGAAUUUCUUCAAGGACAAUACAUGUCUCAAAAAUGCAAUUCAAGCCUUUGGCAAUGGCUCUGAUAUGACGGUGUGGCGGCCAGCCUUCCUGGUACAGACCACCACUGCCACCACCACCACAGUCUUUCAAGUCAAGAACAAGCCCCAGGCACCUGCAGGGACUGAGAAUGAAAUCCCCACACGUGUGUUAUCACCUUGUGCAAAUUUGCAGGUACAGAAGCUGAAAUCCAAUGUGUCUGGCAGUACACACUUCUGUCUUUCUGAUGGCGAUUAUGAGAGGGAUGGUCUCACUGGUGCUUCCAGCCGCAUAACCAAAAAAUCGAUGGCUGCUCCUCCCAGCUGUGGUCUAAGCCCAUUGCUGGUUGUGGUGGUAACCACUCUGUUUACCCUAUCUUUAUCUCUGGUGGAAACAUCAUAG